AGGGGUUUAUGCUCUAAUUUUCCUUUCAACUUCCCCAAUAACAUUCGCGCAUUUUAUUCGAGAAGUCCAGACUGUCAAUCAAAUCGUGUCAAUCAAACAACAUCGCAUCUUUCGCCGCAUCGGGAAGCCUGCGAACUAAAACAGCAAGUUCGCAAUGCCACACACGGGGGAUUGAUAUUAUGUUGUGUGUGUACCUUACGUCGCUUUGAUAACACUGUAUUACCCCAAGCUUAUCCAAUUGAAGAGUUCCCGAGUCGUUUAUCUCCCUACUGUCGAAACUAAUUGAUAACUGGGCUAUUCCUGAGAUAAGGGCUUAUCAAGCGGUGUAAUCUACCUGUCAUAUCCAUUAAAGCUCGCAUUAUUCUGCUGCUCUUACGAUGAAACUAAUUAAUUGUGGUCAAAGCGCGCUGUCUGCUAUCUCAAGUGGCUCAGAGCGUGUACAUCGAGCGCGGGGGGAAUUCUGUGUUAGGAAGGAGGUGGAUUGUUGACAGCCGACCAUGGAGGCCCCAAAGUAUACAGACUCGGGCGAAGUCGAUCUCGAUGCCUUGUUGGAAGAUCUGUGUGUUAUGGAGAAGGACCUAAAUGCGAAUAAGACAGAGAAUGUGAACGAUCCUACCCCUGCCAUGGAACCCACGUUCCCAGUCAAACUGAACUCUCCGAUCUCACCGACUGCCAAGAUAUCUGCCGAUGUGCGUUCGCGUCUGGAAAGCGUCCAGGAAGAGUCCAAGGAGCUCACCCCGGAAGAGCAGCAAGAGCGAAUAAAAGCAGAAAAAAUACGAAUCGCGUUGGAAAAGCUUCGAGCUGCAAGGGUGAAGAAGCUCGUGGUAAAAGUGUACAAUGAUGAGGACCCGACGUCUAAGACCAUCGCCAUCGACCAGACGUGGACCUCAUGGGAAGUGUGCAAGAAGAUGAUGAGAAAGAACGAUGCUGAACCCGACCCCAACUGGGUACUGGUAGAAAGACUACCGGAACUUUGUAUAGAGAGGUCCCUUGAGGAUCACGAAUCCGUAGUCGACGUCGUGUCCAGUUGGCCGUGGGAGAACAACAACAGAAUCGUCAUCAACAAUAAGCGAGAAAAAUAUGCACUCUUCAAAAACCCACAGAACUACCUCCUAUCAAGUGAUACUUCUGCUGGAGCUGCUCAGCUGGCAGAGAAAAGCAAAGACAUUUUACUUCAGGAAUAUUUCAAUGAAUCGGCGAUGCGAUUACCCGAGCUCGAUGGCGUGUUGUACCUCAAGGAUGGCAAAAAAAGCUGGAAAAAGCACUACUUCGCCCUUAGGGCCUCUGGAAUCUACUACACGCCCAAAGGCAAAACCAAGUCCUCUAGGGAUCUCGUCUGUUUAAUUAAGUUCGAGUUCGUCAACAUCUAUUACGGCAACGCGUCGUUUAAAAAGAAAUUCAAGGCGCCAACGGACUAUUGCUUCAUUCUAAAGCAUCCCGAAUACCACGAAGUCGAGUCAAAAGCCAUCAAAUAUUUCUGUGCAGAAGACGUGAAGACCUUCAACCGAUGGGUGGUUUGCAUCAAGCUUGCCAAGUACGGCUAUCAAUUACUCGAAAACUACUCGGAGACUCAGGACGAGAUGGAGAACCUCGCUUUCACGUUGGAUAAGAACAGAUUUCCCAAGGCGGCUAGCUUCAGUGUGAGCGCGAGAUCCGAUGAAAACGAUGAAUCGCAGCAACAAUUGAGCACUGCCCGAGAUAACGCAAAAGCGCAGUCUGACCGGAUCAAGAAAGGGGGCUUUGGAACUGGAAGUCAAAGCUUCUCAGUGACAAGCUAUCAACAACAGAAACGUAAGCCUAAAACCAUCGGCAAUCUGUUUUCUGAUGCCUGGAAGAAAGGAACAGAAUACGAAGAGAAUGAAGCCCCUAUCUCGCCAGACACCCCCUCCACGUCAAGUGCAGGGCCAGGGAUGACUCCCAACACCACUGAGCCUCGCUCUUUCAACAUCGACAAUGCGAUCAUCAUGGAUGACAUUGUAGAAGAGCCCAUGACCCGCCCACGGGACCUCCCUAUUUAUGGCUACUCUAACGGUGAGGCUGGGAUUCCAUCUCCAUCCGAGGUGAAAACCAAGUCACCACCUGCACCGCCCCUACCACCCAAAGUGACACCUAAACCACCAGCACCUCCACAAUUUGCACCCGUACCACCACCACCAUGUGCACCCAUCCCACCCAUGCCAUGCUCAGCACCCUUACCCCCGGCGCCCGCUCCCUUCUCUGCCGCACCCCAUCUACCACCUGCGCCUAACAUCAGUGCAGAACCACCACCGCCACCUCCAGUAGCCAGGAAGCCGUCACGGUCGAACAGCACUUCUUCCCAGCGCAGCCUCGAAUUGCAGUCCCCGUCAAGAGAAGAAGGUCCAUCACUUAUCACUGCAGAACCACCACCGCCACCUCCAGUAGCCAGGAAGCCGUCACGGUCGAACAGCACCUCCUCCCAGCAGAGUAUAGAGUCAGCACCAGGGAGCCCUCCCACAGGGGCUGACGAUUUUCCCCCUCCCCCUCCCCCUCCUGUCAUGAAAAAGCCGUCUCGUAGUGGGAGCCUUAAGGAGAGCAGACUUCACCCUCCCCUCCCUAGUAUUCAUGGAUCUACAGACUCCCUUGACAGCCUUCCCCUGCCACCCCCUCCUCCGGAGCUUCUUGGGUCGGACGCUGACUUACCACCACCCCCUCCGGAGGUUCUCUUCAAGAGUAAUCUGGAGUCUUCGCUUGCGAGAUCGAACAGUGAAAGCAGGGGGAGGUCUUUAAGUGGCGACAGAUUCCCCCCUCCCCCUCCCCCAAAGUCAGGGAAAACCCGAACGAAUAGUGUUGGCAAAGCACCGCCUCCACCGCCUUUACGCACGUGACUCUGAGUUGUACAGUUUAUUAUUUGAGUUAUAUUACUGUAUUCCCGAAGAACGUCGUAAUGACUGUGGAUCAUUUGAAAAUUACCUUGGAGUAUCAUUGUAAUGUUUGAUGGCAUCAUGUUUGUCACUGUCAUUGAUCGACAUUUUCCCAAUCAUCGUCGCCAUUCUAUUGAUGUAAAGCAUCUCAUCUUUGCCUCCAUUUGUCGUAUUCCGACAAGCUAUCACGGACAUAAGCGUUCGUCGUCAUCCGCGUCGUCGUCAUAAUCUGAGGAUCCACCAUUUCCUGGUUUUGAAUGGUCAUCGGAUGCUUAUUGGCGUUAUGUGUGUGUUGAUGCACCGCUAGUGUUGUUAUAUUUGCCAUGAAAACCGUACAAUCACAAGCACUGCCUCUAAUGGAUCUUUGCCGUCAUCACCUUCAACACCAGUUUUGCACAUUUGAAUGGAUUUACUUCAUUAAUUCUUAUGUUUGCUUGCGUUAUGCAUUAGAUCCUUAGCUGCAGUCUGGUGAAUGACAUGAGCGACUCGAGCGACGCGUUUAAUCAACGGCUUGUCAAGGCCUUGCUAACGACGCCCGCGACGUAAGCAGCAUGCUUUGAAAGAAUCUUGCUAACGACGUAAGCGACAUAAUAGGGAACAUGGCUAAAGACGUGGGGUUUAUUGUGGGAAACAUUGCUAACAAACGACGUAAGCAGCAUGUCUUGACCAAUACAACCUAGCAUCUAAAGCCUUCCAAAUAACACAAGUCAAGCGAUUGGACGCAAACUGCAUCAUAUCAUGUUGUCGGUACGACUCUCGCUAACAUUUUUUUAGCAUCAUUGUGAUACUGCAUUGCGCUGUAAAUUAUUAUUUUAUGCAUAUGCAUAUUAGAAGAAAGACUAAAGGUUCAACAUUCUUGACAUUUUAAUUGAAAAAUCAGUAACAGAAUGAAAUGUUUUAAAAAACAAGGCAGUGCUGAUGAAUAUGUCUUCAAAGAGAAAUAAAAUAUGAAGAAAUA